GAUGCUGUGAGGAGAGAUGACUGUGAUGGAAACAGGAGAGAGUUAGUGGAAGAGAGAGAAUGAAGACACAAGCCACUGGAGGAGAGGAGAGUGUUGGAGGGCAGCAUGCAGUAGCAUCGGGACUAUGAAGCGAGCAUAUGGAGCAAUUCCCACAUAAAGUCAGGGGAGAUUCAAUUUGGGAGAGACUUGGUCUGAUCAGUGGGAGGUAGAGUCAGUCAGAGCUGGAACGUGUGAAACCAGGCUUCACGUUGCGGAAGUGGACGACUGUAAACUUGUCUGUGUUUGAAUUGUUUUAAGCUCUAAGAUGCUCCGCACUUCGCCGACUCUGGCGGACACCAACGAGAAAAUGUAAACUUACUUCUUCAGAUUUGGACGUCACUCAGUUUUGACAUGUCUGGAUGGCAGUCAGGGGUGAGGAUGAAGAGGAGGGCGAGGAUGUAUUAGUCGGUACAAAAAUGAUCCUUUGAAUCGUGAAACGUUGGAAGCGAUCAGCCAGAGGAUGGGGAGACGAGCGGCUGACCUGACCACUCCGGUACCAGUUUUGGGCAUCCCGGCCUUGGUUGGCGCGCGUAGUUGGAGGACAACAGGAGGCGACACAACCGCAGGAGCGCAGCUCCAGACGUGGGGUCUUCAGAGCAGCAGCGUGGGCAUACAAACGUCCCCGGGGGUAGCGAGAGCACCUUCCGAGCGGUGCGCACAGCUCAUGUAUAAACUCCACACGCAAUCACUUCAUAAUACCCACGCCACCAACAGCGACGUUACCAAGGAGUACAAAGCGCUACUACUGCUAACAAACAGUGAUAAGGAAAAAGGGGCAAAUAGUGAGAAAUUGAAGAGUAAAAAGGAAGUGACCUUCCAAGAAUUUGUAGGCGAGACUUUAGGGGAUGUUGUGUGCAGUAAGGAUCACAGUGACUCCACUCCGAGAACAAUCAAGGCCAACCCACAUUCUGCAGGAACUGUAACCAAUGCGGGCCCACGAAUAAAGCCUGCUGUCCGCUACACCAACGGUAGUGUGGUCGAUUCGGAGGCGAUGGGUGGCAUCAGCGUUGAUAAUGGUGACGUGACCCCAACUCGCGGAGGAUACCAAAAAAGACCGCGCAGCUAUUACGCCGAGCAGUCAAGGGAUAUGUUGCUGUUUUCUGCUCCCGCACGUUUCAGUGCAUCACAAAAAAUAUGCAACCAGUGUGGAGGCAGACGAGCAGCGGGAGUCGAGAUUUUCGGGAAGAACAUUCUUACUGCUCCUGCUUGCCAAUCAGAGAGCUUAUUUAAUUCAGACCACGACUUGCUCCACUCCAGCAAACAUCUUCAGCUGCGCCAUAAUGAGACCGAUAGCCAACCAAGCAACCGUCAACUCCCGGAGAAUUACCCUAACAGAAAAAAAGAGACAAGCCCACAACAAGGAUCUCCUCUUCAAGAAGCACUAAGACAUAAAAAGACACGACACCCUGCACGUCCAGUCCAUUCAAUUAAAGGACAUUUUCUUACGCAUAAACAUGCCGCCACCUUAACCGAACCGCAAACCAUCCACACGAAUGCAAUCACUAUCACCGACGCCACCAUUGAAACAAAAAAAGAUGAUCGUUUCGACAGCUUAACAAAUAUGACCCUUGGCAAUAAAACCGCCCAAACAGGAAGUCUCCCAUCGACUCCUCUCAUGGCCACAGCUACCAAAUCAAACUACCCACCGACGCAAACUCAUUCCAAAUGCCAAUAUGAUGUCCUGCAAAAGGUGUGUGUAUCUGUGCAUGCUACGCAAGAAAACCCUCCAUCUCAUUUGUGCACAACGUCCAAUGUAAACUCAUCCGGUAUUAUCCCUAAAACUGUCCCAACUUUCAAUUCUACGCUCAUGUCCGCAAAAGGUACGCCUGCUAACACUGCGCGUCCUCGCGGUGAAAACCCAUCCCAGAAUUCGACACAUUCGGCACAACGAAGAAAAACAAAAGAUGACUCAAAAGUAUCACCUAAAUAUCUCAUCAGAUUCUCAGACCACCUGAAAUCCCAAACACAGCCCACACCCGUAAAUCCAGGACAUACUUCCGUUGAUGUAGCUCCGACACUGCGAGAGAAAACAAGCUUGUACAGCACUGUGGUUGUAACUCGCCCUGUCAAGCAUAAUGUUAACUUGAAAGCAAACUCCAAUGCAAGUGACAAGCAUAACAAAACACAGCCAGUGUCCUCAAACACAGCAUCUCUAAACGCAUCUUGUGCAACCCUUGAUUCUAAAUUGGAGACGUCAGCUCCCAUCUCCACAACUCCUAAUUAUGCUUUGUACAGAAACAGAGCCCUAAGGAGUUAUUCAAAUAUUCACCCUUCAUCUACACUGAAAGAAAACCAGAAGAAUUUAAGCGUGUCGUAUAAUUCUUCACUUAAAACAAGCAAUGUGUCACGCAAACACAACAAAUCAAUUAAUCAUAAUACAUUUCCCUGCCGUAACAAGCCUUGCCACACGCAAACAACUGACAUCACAUCCGAACACACUCAUCAACCUGCGCUCUUUUGUUUUGUUCCAAAUCCGACAGCAACGCUCGGGCUGUCAAAAGUGGCCAAGUAUCCAAGCAAAAGCAGUCAUGCGUCAAAUGUGAUACAAAGCCAUCCAAACAGAACUGACAAUUCAAACAAACUUAACAGUGAAUUGUAUUCCGAUGAACAACUAUUGACGAGGGAUCUAAUCAAUGACUUAUUAUGGAAUGAGUCCCAAAAACAUUCCGUUAUAUCACAGGACGCAACCCCUCAAAAUAGCAUUUGCCCAAUUAAGUCAAACGACUCUCGUCUGCAGGGUUGCACGAACGCGCGACAACAAACGGGUGCACAUUAUCAAGGAAGCACAGUAAGAGAACACGAGGGACAGUGUGCUACAUGCCCGGCAGGAAGAACAGCCCGCCGGAUGGAUUCGAAUACACAAGACUCUGCCUCGGGCAUAUCAACCAUGCAUGCAAGCAGUAAGACUGAAUCUAAUGCCCAUAAACAGACUCAUCCAAAUGAUCCAACAGCCUCUGUCGCAGCAAAAGGAAAAUGCGAGCCCAUUAUCACCCCACCGACAAAAAGAAAUGUACAUUAUGAGCUCAUGCACAUGCAAAGGCUUGAGUCAAACAAAUCACAGGUUCAACAAACUCUCAGAGGCUCUAAGUUGCCUUUAAUUGCACCAGAACUAUGCUGCGGCGAGGGAGAACAUUAUACGCGUUGCAAUUCCGCAUCGCCCCAACGCCUCGGGUCCCGUGAGGCUGAGGCCAUCAUCAGCCGGGAUUCAAAAGUCGCCGGCGAGCAGGACACGGCGGAACUCGUCUCGGCCCAUUCCCACCCGACCGAUGUGGUUCUGUUUCUGCCUUCUUCCCCUCGCUGCGGUGAAUCGGCAGCCAUACAACAAAGGCUUGCAAGUGUGGAGGCCAGUCUGGCAGCUAACAAGGACAGAAUCAACACUCUGCUGAACAUCAUCCAUGACCUGGAGGCCAGCCACACUCCUGCCACGGGUCGACGAUGCGACAAAACAGGACAGGACCUCAAAAGCUGUUCCACCUGCCAAAAGAAUGCUUGUAUUGUCUACAGCGUGGAGUAUGACUUCCGACAGCAGGAGAGGCGCUUCUUGGAGGUUCUUAAUGUACACUCAAGCAGAGGAAAACAUGCCAACCGUCUUCCUCAGUCUUGUGCGCUGAACUUCAGUUUGCUCAGAAAAGCCAUGAAGAACGUGACGUCAAAGAAGAGAAGCAAAAAACUUUGCAAGAUUCUGUUGAAAUGGCUGCCAAGGAAACUGAAGCAGGUUUAGAACUUGAAACCCAAACAAUUUGGCCAUGGACGGAAGACUUGCAGAACUCUCAUAUUAUCCAAUAAGUGAAAUAACAUUUCAACCAUUAGUCCUCUGUUAUGCCUAAAAUGGAGUUUGUACUUGCUUCUGAUCUUUAUGACUUUGGUUUACACAUGCAAUGUGUAAGCAUUCUUUAAAUCACAAACAAUCUGUUACUGUUUGGCUCAUACAUCAACAUGCAUUUGAUUGCAGAGCAGUACAGCUGUCAAAAAAAUAAAAAUAAAACAAUUAUGAAGUCUGCAUGUGAAAGUUAAGAUGAAGAUAAAGGAAACUUCCAAACACGACAAAAACAACAAAACAUUUGU